CAAACGACAAAAACGUAAACGACGACGACGACGAUGAUGACGAUGAUGGAAAUGUUGACGAAUCACCAAUAACGGCAACGAAUCAAGCGAAAAGCCUUUAUCGACCGAUCGAAUUGGGCCAAAUUAAUGUAGAAGAUCCGGAUGAUUGGGAUGUUGGUGAUAAAAAAUUUUCUUGGCUAGAAGAACCGCCAUCAUCAAUGGCAACGGCAACGUCAUCUUCAAAUGUUAAGAAUGAUUUCUAUAUCGAUUCAAAUCGUGGACAAGUUAUAGCCAGACGAAAACUUUCACAAGGAUUACAUAAGCUUAAAUUUCAAGUAUUUGAUCGACGUUAUCAACAUAUGGUACAAUCAACGAUGAAUAUUAUGUCCAAAUCAUUAUCAUUUGAUGUAAUAAUUAAUUCUGGUUCAUUACGUAUCACUAAACCAAUGGACGUUAUAGAAUUCAUAAAGAUUUGGGAUUGGAAUCAGCGACGAAAAAUUACUAGCCAUAAAGAACGAUUAGAAUUGUGUUUAAAACAUUUAUUUGAUUGUGAUUGGUUAGCAAUUGUAUCGAUAAAAUCAAAUGCAAAACAUUCAUCAUUGGAUAUACGAUAUGCAGCAAGAAAAAAUGAUCAAUAUUUAUCCGCUGUUUAUCUGAAUUCAAUGGCUCGAAUAGCUGGCCAUCGAAUUCGUAUGGAAACCAAUCUUACAAUCAGUCAAUUUGGUAUUAAUGAAUGUAUGAUGAGUGAACAAGAAGAAAAUCCACGACAACAUCAAUGUAUUGAAUCAUCGAAUGGUUGUAUGACCGAAACAUUGAUUGAUUGGACCAAUCCAUAUGAAUUGAUUGAUGCAAAUUUUACAUCAUUUAUCGGUAUUAAUAUUGUGACAAAAAUCAAGUGCCAAUGUUUUUAUGAUCAUCUAUUAACAUAUCUAGUUGAUUAUAAAUUUGACUGUGAUAUUGAUCAAACACUAUGUCAACCACCAUCAUCAUCAUUAUCAUCAUCGCCAAUGUGUUAUCAACAUGAUCGAAUCAAUCUUUUUACACGUAGCCUAAUGACAUCGAUCACUAAUCUUAAUUUUCGUUGUCUUUUUAACAAUUUUUAUUAUAAUCAUCAUCAUCACAACAACAACCAACAACAGCAACAGAAUCGAGAUCAAAUUGUACAAUCAACAACGACAUUGAUAACAGCAACAAAUAUACGGUCAUUCAAAUCGGAUGGUGUAAUAUGGUUAGAUCCAUUACCAAUUUGUAGUCAUAGUAAAAAUGUUUUCAGUGUACAAAUAUCAACAACUGAUCCUAAUGGAAUCAUUUUCUACUAUGGACCAAUCAUAUCAUCAUCAUCAUCAUCAUCAUCAAUGUAUGAAGCCGGUAUUGAACAAUCAGAUGAAACGGAUUUCAUGUUUCUUGAAUUGGUCAAUGGAUCACCUCGAUUACUAUUUGAUUUUGGUUCCGGUAUUCAAGAAAUAACUAUUAAUAUUGAAAAUGGACAUUUAAAUGAUGGAAAUUGGCAUCAAUUGGACAUACAAUUUGAUUCAAAUUCCGUACAUUUAAUGUUUGAUGCUUGUAUUCAUCAUUUUCAUGUUGAACGAUCAUCAUCGUUGAAUAAUGAUGAUGAUUUAUAUCAUUAUCAUCAUCAGCAGCAACAGCAGCACUAUAAAAGUUCAUCAUCAUCAUCAUCAAGAUACUACAUGGACAUUGAUCGAAUAAUAUUGAUGGAAAAAUGUCAAAAUUAUUCGAUUAUAACAAAAUUUCAACAUGUUUUGAAUGUAAAUUCACCAUUACAAUUGGGUGGUAUUGAAUUAUUGACAACAAAAUCAAUGAAUGUAUCUAAAAUGAUGUUGAAAAAUCAGGAACAAAAAUCGAAAUUUACAUCGACAGAUUUUAAUGAUGAUGAUGAUGAUGAUCCUGAAAAAUCGAUAUUGCCACCGUUUAUAAUGUCGGCAAUUUUUAAUCAACCAUUACCAUCAAUGGAAUCAUCAUCAUCGAUCCUUCAUUCUUCUUCAUAUCAUCAUCAUUAUUAUCAUCAUAAGCCACCAGCACCACCAUCACCAUCAUCAUCGACUAUACGAAAACGUAUUGUUGGUUUCAAUGGAUGUAUGAAAAAUGUUAUAUUUAACAAUCAUAUUUAUGAUCUCAUCAAUGUACAUCAUUCAUACAAUACACAAAUUGGAUGUCAUUCAUCUCAAUCAUUGUGUGCAUUUCUUGAUAAAAAAUGUCUUAAUAAUGGCUAUUGUGAUGGUAGCUAUAAUCAUGUAAAAUGUUAUUGCCCACGAGGUUUUUAUGGUGAACAAUGUGAACAAAUUGAUCGACCUAUAUUGUUUUUGCAGAAAAGUUUCUUACAACUUUCAUUAAAACCUAUGAAUAGUGAUUUGAUGCAACAACAAUCUACAUUUGAUAGGACAGAAUUCUAUCAUACCGAUUAUGAUAAUGGAUUUGUAACAAAAAUUGAUUUUUAUUUUCGUACCCGACAAUGGCAGAAUCAAAUUAUAAAAUUGAUUGGCCAGGCAAACAAUGUGCGCACAUAUUGUUUGAUUGAAAUUCGUGAAGCGCGUAUUGUAUUUCGUUUUAAUCUUCAUCCAUCUGGUAUUAAAUCAUCUGAACAUCGAUUAUCAAUUGAUUCAUUUCUAGUAAACGAUGGACGUUGGCAUCAUGUACGAGCCAUACGUUUGGGACAAUCGGCACAAUUAAUUCUUGAUAAUGGUGGUAUUGGAAAAAUUGUACGUUAUUUUCCACCAUUGAAUAAUUUUAAUGAAUAUAAUAAUCAUCGACGAUUAAAAUAUGGUUCAUCGUCAUCGAAUGAUGGAUAUUUCCGUUUCGAUAUGAAUAGCGAACAAAUCAUAAUCGGUGGUGAUGUCAGUUCUCUAUCAACCAUUGGUGCAACAAACAUUAUGGAUGAUUUUGCUGAUGGCUGCCUUAGUGAUCUGAAGAUAAACGACAUUGACAUUUCAUUGGGUGAUUUUAUUCAUCCAUUCAAUACGAUUGACCGUCAAAAUGAUAAUGUUGAUGGUAGAAGAAAAGAUGAAGAAAUAAUCAAUGGACAAUGGACGAAAGAUGGUUCAUCAUUAAGCCAUUCGAACAUUAACUUGAUGGUUAUACGAAAAAAUCAACAUAAGACAACGACAACAAUAAUGAAACAUGGAGCCAAUGUCAAAUCAAACAACGACAACGAUGAUAAACGAAAUAAAGAAAUGAUCAUUGAAAUUUCGAUAACCAGUCAACAAAAUAUUCGUAACGGAUGUCAAUCACCGCCGAUCAAUUCUUGUAUUGAAUUACAUUGUCGAAAACCAUUCAUCUGUAUCGAUGAAUGGAUGGUUGCAAAAUGCAGAUGUCCCAAAGGAUAUAUUGAAAGUAAUGAUGGAAAAAAUUGUAUCAAAAAUAAUAUUGCUGCUGCAAAAGAAUAUUGUCAACGACAACGAAUGAAUUUACCUUGUGGUACUGUUGCUAUUGGUGAUGGAUGUAGUAAUAUAAUUUCAUCAUCAUCAUCAAUAAUUGAUCGACAACAAAAUCGUCAGAUGAUGUCAAAAUUGUAUGGACAAAAUGAUUCAUCAUCAGCAUCACCUAAUAAUGGCAUUCUAUACAAUCGUUUAUUCUCUACCGAUUAUUUCAAUGAUCCACAUUGUUCCGAUCAAUCACCAUCAUCAUCAUUAUCAGCUGAACAGCCACCACAAUCAUUGGAAGAUAAUGAUCGACAGCUACUAGAAGAACAUUAUUUGAUUGAUGAAUUAUCAUCAUCAUCAACAUCGGAUGUUGACGAUUCAGUGGCAAACAAAAAUAAUCGAUUGAUGAAUCAAAGAAAAAAAACCAAUAACAAACAACCAUCAAUAUUGAAUGCACAAAAAUUUCAAUUAGAAUAUUAUGGCCUAUUCUUUAUUGUAUUAAUCAUAUUGAUUCCAUUGAAUAUACCAUUUCUCAUAUAUAUUGGUUAUAUUUGUUGGCGUAAUCGACGACGACAUCGACGACAACAACAACAACAACAUAAUGGUGAUGAUAAUGAAAAUGGUCAUGAUGAUGGACAAACAAAUCAUCAAAUAAUUGAAUCAGAUUUACGAACAAAUAUCAGUGGUCAAACAAAAUCCGAUAAUUUAAAUGAAGAUUUUCGUGAAAAUAUUAUCUAUUAUCAUGAUGAAGGUGGUGGUGAAUGUGAUAUCGGUGUUUAUGAUAUGUAUCCAUUACGUAUACAAAUUCAUCAUCAAUCGAUUAAUGAACAAACAACAUCUGCGACAGCAGUGGCCAAUAUUCAACAUUCAUCUCAUCAUCAUCAUUUGCAUCAUCAAUUAGAGCCAUCAAUCAUUGAUUCAUUGCCAUCACCACUACCAUGGAUGGAUUGA